CCGUCAGCCCCCUGGUCUGUACACGUCAUCACCGCGCGCCCAUUAUGAUGACGUACUGAGAAGGGGACGCGGAUUAUAGACAGCAUGGCUGCUGCGGGAGCCGAGAAGAAGCCGGUGCUGGAGAUGGUCCAGGCUAGUGGGUCCGAUGAGUCCUGUGUGACGUUCGUGUUGCACGAAGAAGAUCACACGUUGGGGAAUUCUCUGCGCUACAUGGUCAUGAAGAAUCCAGAAGUGGAGUUUUGUGGAUACAGUAUCACGCAUCCUUCUGAGACCAAAAUCAAUUUUCGCAUCCAGACGCGAAAUGGAGUGCCGGCGGUGGAAACAUUCAGGAAAGGACUCAGUGACCUCAUGGAUGUCUGCCAGCAUGUUCUCAACACAUUUGAGACCACUAUGCAGCAGUACAAUGACCAAAAUGAGGCGGCAAUGGAAUGACCUUCCUAGAGGAUUGUGUGUUUGUAUAUAACAUUCUGUAAAGACUUCUGCUGUGUAAUAUACUGUUUUUUUUUUUUUUAUCAGUUUUGUCUAUUUCAUUUUUCAUUUUUAGAUGUAGAAUAAAUUCAGAUACGAGACUUAUGAUUUUUUUCCCCCCUUUUUAUAUGAAAUGUAUAGAAGAAAGACUUCCCCAAUCUGUAGCUUUGCAGCUGUUGCAAAACUACAAAACCAAUCGGAAUGGGAGUUGUAGUUUUGCAACAGCAGUAAAGCCUCUUCUCAUAGAUUUAGUUGGGUUUUAUUCGAGUUGGAUUUGUAUGCUGCAGACAAAAUGGGGAAUUUAGAAGAUU